GAGGAGAGAGGAUGAUCAAUCAGAAUGGAAGAGAAAGCAGGCGGGCUGACACUGACAGGGGGCGGUGUCUUGAUGGCAGCAAGGUGGUGGCGGUCUUGAGCUCCAAAGCUGCUGUCUAAGCACCAGCAGACAGUCAGACGUACACUGAUCUAGCGUUGUUUAAAGCAGCAUUGGGCAUGGAGGCGCGGCCGGCCUGCAUGCAACGAACUGGCCUGAAACUUAUUCUGCAUCCAUCUAAAAGCCUCGAAUUGGCGCGUCACUUUUCGAGAACCAGCUACAGCUCAAUACUCUGCCAACAUGUACCGCACCACCAUUCCAUCAGAGGUAGACAGACUAAGUCAGUGCUCAGCGUGCAACUCCUACUGAGACCAGCGCAUUGUAGCCAAUUUUCUGAGGCACGUCAAAUACUUAGUGCAGAAGCCGCUUCUUUGAGCAGGAGCAGACAAGCUUCUAAAGCGAUUAACAGCCAUAAGAGCAGCCGUCGCUCUGAGUAUAGCAGAACACGCCACAUUGGAAGCUACGCUAGCAACCCAAGCAGAGUAGGUGAAUAUGAUCCUUCUGUAGGUGAUUCUAAAGAGAGUGGCAUGAGAGCAGUAGUCUUGCCAAAUGGCUUGAUAGUCCAUUCUGUCAGCGAGGCCGACGUCGCCUUCCUCUACGAGGAGAUUUGGGAGCAAUGCUCUUAUCUGGAUCAUGGCAUAAGUAUAGGGCCAGGAGACACUGUGCUGGAUGUAGGUGCAAACAUUGGUCUCUUUACUAUCCAAGCAGCAAGGAAAUGCAUCGGUGGUCGAGUGUUGGCCUUUGAGCCAAUUCCCUCCAUUUUCAGUGCACUGCAGAAGAACAUUUCUUUAAAUGUAGAAGGGCCCCCCUGUGCUAGGGUAGAAUUGAUCAACGCGGGUCUUUCUGAUGGCCUUCUGCACCAGGCGGAAUUUACUUUCUAUGAGCAGGCGGCAGGCUGGAGCACCAUGUGUGAAGAUGAGGAGGAGUUGAGGACUUCAAUGGACAUUUUCUUGGCCACGGCGCUGUCUACGGGCGAGGGCCUUGGCGAUUCGCCGUUGGCCUCUACAGGCAGGUGGCUUCGGCAGCGCGCGCCUCCUUCUUUAUCCAGCCUUCUGACCCGUCUGUAUGUCAGAUGGAUGCUCAGCAGAGCCACGAAGGCGACCUGUCCUCUGUUUACGCUGUCGCAAAUCAUCGAAGAGUACGAUAUCGAUGCACGACAUCGAUGGCCGCCUCACGAAAGUGGCAGAGAUCCUGAGAGGAGCCGGCCUCCAGAAUAUUGUGCAGCAACAGAGCAAUUCUCUCAAGGACAGCACACUAUUCAAUUUUUAUGCCAAGAGGACACCUUGAUUACCGUUGACAUACCUCCAUGCUGUUCAAGCGACCUCAUUCCGUGGGUAGCAUUUACCCGCGAGACUGCAGGGCCGCAGCCAGGACUUCCAAAUGAGUUGUUGCAAUUGUUAACAUUAUUUGACUCUAUUCUUUAUUCAGUGGACUGUUCCUUCCCUCAAUGGAAAGCGGUGGUCGAGUUCCAGGUUGUUGUGUAUGUUGUGGGUCCGGUUAUGGUACGCACGAGACUAGUCAGACCGAUCAGGUCGAUGCUUGUCGGGUGCGUACUUGCAGUGACAUAUGAAUGA